AUGAACAUGGGUUCUGUACAAACUCCAUCACUUAUAAUGUACAAUAAGAUGCUCAAAUCUUGUGUCGAGACUAAAAGCUUCACGAAAGUUUUGUCUUUGUUCAGUGAAUUGCGAGGACAAGGUUUGUAUCCGGAUAAUUUCACUUUACCUGUUGUUCUGAAAUCGAUUGGACGAUUAAAGAAGGUUUUAGAAGGUGAGAAAGUCCAUUGUUAUGCUGUGAAAGCUGGGUUUGAGUUCGAUUCUUACGUAAGUAAUUCGCUCAUGGGAAUGUAUGCAUCAUUGGGAAAGAUGGAGAUCACUCAUAAAGUGUUCGAUGAAAUGCCUGAACGAGAUGUUAUUUCUUGGAAUGGGUUGAUUUCUAGUUAUGUUGGGCAUGGGAGGUUUGAGGAUGCUAUUUCUGUUUUUAAGCGGAUGAGUCGGGAGAGCAAUUUGAAGCCCGAUGAAGGUACAAUUGUGAGUACUCUUUCAGCUUGUUCAGCGUUGAAGAAUUUGGAAAUUGGUGAAGGGAUUCACAAUUAUGUUGUGACAGAGUUUGAGAUGAGUGUUAAGAUUGGGAAUGCAUUGGUGGAUAUGUUCUGUAAAUGCGGGUGUCUCGAUAAGGCUAAGGCGGUUUUCGAUUCGAUGAGAAGCAAAAAUGUAAAGUGUUGGACUAGCUUGGUUUCUGGGUAUGUUAGUAAUGGUAGGAUUGAUGAGGGUAGAGAAUUGUUUGAGAGAAGUCCUGUAAAAGAUGUUGUUCUGUGGACAGCUAUGAUGAAUGGGUAUGUUCAGUUUAACCGGUUUGGCGAGGCACUGGAACUGUUUAGGUGCAUGCAAACUGAGGGAAUCAGGCCGGAUAAUUUUGUGUUAGUCUCUCUCUUGAAAGGUUGCGCGCAGACGGGAGCUUUAGAGCAAGGGAAAUGGAUCCAUGGGUAUAUAUAUGAGAACAGAGUUACAGUAGAUAAAGUAGUUGGUACUGCUCUUGUAGACAUGUAUGCGAAAUGUGGGUGCAUAGAGACAGCUUUAGAGGUUUUUUAUGAAACAAAGGAGAGAGAUACGGCGUCUUGGACAUCGCUCAUUUACGGUCUUGCCAUGAACGGGAUGUCAGAGAGAGCGUUGGAUUUGUAUUACGAAAUGGAAAAUGUUGGUAUUAGACUCGAUGAUAUAACCUUUGUCGCGGUUUUAACAGCUUGUAAUCAUGGUGGAUUUGUUGCAGAAGGACGUAGAAUUUUCCAUUCGAUGACCAAAAUAUAUAAGAUUGAGCCUAAAUCAGAGCACUGCAGCUGUCUGAUUGACCUAUUAUGCAGAGCUGGAUUGUUAGACGAAGCAGAGGAAAUGAUAGAGAAGAUGCGAAAUGAAUGCGAUGAAACUCUAGUUCCCGUGUACUGUUCUUUACUCAGUGCUGCUCGAAACCAUGGGAAUGUCAAGAUAGCUGAACGAAUAGCGGAAAAGCUCGAGAAAGUGGAAGUUAGUGAUUCAAGUGCUCAUACCUUACUCGCAAGUGUAUAUGCAUCUGCUAAUAAAUGGGAAGAUGUAACAAAUGUGAGAAGGAAAAUGAAAGAUUUGGGAAUCAGAAAGUUUCCUGGUUGCAGCUCCAUUGAGGUUGAUGGGGCUUCUCAUGAAUUUAUUGUUGGAGAUUCAUCAUCUCACCCAAAAAUGUAUGAGAUAAAGUCAUUGUUACAUCAAACUACAAAUUGGAUGUUGAGUUUGGAACAUGAAGAAAUUGAAAGUUGA